AUGAAGAUCAACCAAAACACAGCCAUCUCAACAAGCAAAGCCUUGCUUGUCCCAUACGAGGCUCACCAUGUGCGGCAAUACCACGCAUGGAUGCAAGAUCCAGACAUCCAAGAUGCUACCGCUUCCGAACCGAUGACUUUGGAGGAGGAGUAUGAGAACCAGCAGUCAUGGCGCACAUCAUCCGACAAGCUCACGUUUAUCGUUUGCGGGCCCGUCACACAAGACACAUCACUCGUGAAGUCCAGCACAGCUGAUGCUGACGCUCUCAUGCGUGGAGACAUCAACUUCUUCCUCUACCCGUUUGAAAGCGAUGAUGAGGAUGAUACUACAGAUACUCAAGGCUGGGUCACUGGCGAAGUCGACGUCAUGAUCGCUUCACCCUCGCAUCGCGGGCAAGGUCUUGGACAAGCGGCAGUGUGCGCGCUGCUUGUGUAUAUCCGAAAACAUAUCGAUGGGAUACUUGCAGAGUAUGAGGCGAAAGAGCUCAAGGGUUUGAUGGUGAAGAUCAAAGAGGGAAAUAAGAGCAGCAGGGCUUUAUUUGAGAAGUUGGGGUUUGUGCAGAAGGGCGAGGUGAAUUACUUUGGUGAGAUUCUGAUGACUAUUGAAUGGGAUGAGGUUCUAAAGAGGGAUUGGUGGAAGGGAGCUGAAGAGGAGUUUAGAGAGGUGAGGUACGAACUGGUAAACGAAUGA